AUGCAGAGAUGGAAUCGGAGAAAAACGCAUUUGCAUUUACUGGCGUUGCUGUUCGUUUGCUUCAUGGUUUUCACAAUCCUUCACAAUGAACAUAGCAUUCGGAAGAUCCAAGAAACCCCAGAUCCUGAAAUUCGUCGUCGAGAUGCUUCGAUUACGUUUGUGAAACCUAAUGUUUUGAUCACUCGAAAUGGAGCUUCUGAAAUUUUGGAUAGAUUCAGCAAGUGUAAUGGAACUAGAGAUUACAGUGGCCGGAAAAUCUCAUGGUCUGGCCGGAAGCCGGAUUCAACUAAUCGGAGAGAGAGGUCGGAGAGAUGUGAUGUGUUUUCAGGCAAAUGGGUUUUCGAUAACACUUCGUAUCCAUUGUACAAUGAGUCAAAAUGUCCAUACAUGUCCGACCAGUUGGCUUGCCACAAACAUGGCAGAACUGAUCUGAGAUAUCAGUACUGGAGAUGGCAACCCCAUGGCUGCAAUUUGAAGAGAUGGAAUAUUGCUGAAAUGUGGGAGAAGUUGAGAGGGAAAAGGUUGAUGUUCGUCGGGGAUUCUUUGAAUCGAGGGCAAUGGAUUUCGAUGGUUUGUUUGCUUCAAUCUGUGAUUCCAGCUGAUAAGAAAUCCAUGUCGCCAAAUGCUCCUCUUACCAUUUUUAGAGCUGAGGAGUAUAAUGCCACCAUAGAGUUUCUCUGGGCGCCUCUUCUUGUGGAAUCAAAUUCAGAUGACCCGGUGAAUCAUCGAUUGGAUGAACGAAUAAUUCGUCCAGAUUCCGUUCUUAAGCAUUCGUCGGAAUGGGAGCAUGCUGAUAUAUUAGUUUUCAAUACUUACUUGUGGUGGAGACAAGGCCCAGUUAAGCUAUUAUGGAAUGCUGAAGAAAAUGGAGCUUGUGAAGAAUUAGAUGGACGGGAAGCUAUGGAGUUGGUUAUGACGACAUGGGCGGACUGGGUGGCUUCGAGGGCCAUUCCCUUGAAGAAACGAGUUUUUUUCGUCACCAUGUCUCCGACGCAUCUGUGGAGCCGAGAGUGGGAAUCGGGAAGCGAAGGGAACUGCUACGACGAGAAAACACCAAUCGAAUUGGAAAGCUAUUGGGGAAGUGGGUCAGACCAGCCUACAAUGCGCAUCGUGGAGAACGUCGUCGAGAAGCUGAGCUCAGAGGUAACAGUUCUGAACAUCACUCAGCUUUCGGAGUAUCGAAAAGACGGCCACCCAUCCAUCUACCGGAAGUUCUGGGAAGAGCUAAGCCCCCAGCAACUGUCAAACCCUGCAAGUUAUUCAGAUUGCAUACAUUGGUGCCUACCAGGAGUUCCUGAUGUCUGGAAUGAACUUCUCUUCCAUUUUCUGUGAAAAGUUUCUGCCUUGUUUUUAUACAACUGGAACUGCUUAUAUCAUUGUAAUUGGUUUCAUUCGAUGAUCUCAGGAAAAAGAGAAGACUUGAGAUAUCGUUACUGUU